GGAAGAAGAAGACAAGAAGCAGAAGAAGAAGAAGAAGAAGCUCACACGUGUAUCCAACAUGUCUGCCCACCGUGUUGUUGUGUGUUGAUUUGCUAUGAGUGUUAUUGCCUAGUUUGACUCGUUUUAUUUCAUAAGCCGUACAGUAAAGGUACCGACGGCAGUCUGAGAGAGUUUUAAAGCUUCAGGAUGGCGCAAAGAAGGAAGAAACUGACGAAGAAGAAGAGAUAUACUUCAAAUGCUGACAGCGGAGACUUUGAACUGGCUGCUGAAGUUAACGACGAUGAUUCUCCAGGGAGGAAACUCCCGCGGUUCCCGACCACGUCAGACUGCCUGUCAGAUGUGGAGCCUGACACCAGGCAGCUGGUCAGAGCCCAGAACAAGAAGAAAAAGAAGUCUGGAGGCUUUCAGUCUAUGGGUCUCAGUUACCCUGUAUAUAAAGGCAUCAUGAAAAAGGGUUACAAAGUCCCUACUCCAAUCCAAAGAAAGACUGUCCCAGUGAUUCUGGAUGGCAAGGAUAUAGUAGCCAUGGCUAGGACUGGCAGUGGUAAAACGGCUGCCUUCCUGGUGCCCAUGUUUGAGAAGCUGAAGGCCCCUCAAGCCCAAACAGGAGCCAGGGCCCUCAUCCUGACCCCCACCAGAGAGUUGGCACUGCAGACCAUGAAAUUCACAAAAGAGUUGGGGAAAUACACUGGCCUAAAGACUGCCUUGAUCCUUGGUGGAGACAGAAUGGAUGAUCAGUUUGCCGCUCUUCAUGAGAACCCCGACAUAAUCAUCGGUACCCCUGGUCGUCUCAUGCACGUUGUCAGUGAGAUGAAUCUGAAGCUGCAGAGUGUGGAGUAUGUGGUGUUUGAUGAGGCUGACAGGUUGUUUGAGAUGGGUUUUGCUGAGCAGCUUCAGGAGAUCAUCCGGAGGCUUCCAGACACCAGACAGACUCUGCUGUUCUCUGCCACUCUGCCCAAACUGCUGGUGGAGUUUGCCAGAGCUGGGCUAACUGAACCAGUGUUGAUUCGUUUAGAUGUGGAUUCUAAACUCAGUGACCAGAUUAAGCUGUCAUUUUUCCACGUGCGUAUGGAUGACAAGCAGGCACUGCUGCUCUACCUGCUGAGGAACGUAAUGAAGCCUCAGGAGCAGACAGUGGUUUUUGUAGCCACCAAACACCAUGUAGAGUACAUCAAGGAGCUGCUGACUUCAGAAGGUGUGGAGUGUGCCUAUAUCUACAGCGCCCUCGAUCAGACUGCCAGGAAGAUAAACAUAGGGAAAUUUGUGCAUCGGAAAGCCAUGGUGCUAAUUGUGACAGAUGUUGCUGCUCGUGGUAUAGACAUCCCCAUGCUGGACAAUGUCAUUAACUACAACUUCCCCUCCAAGCCCAAGCUCUUCUUGCACAGAGUUGGCCGUGUGGGACGUGCUGGACGCAGUGGCAUAGCCUACAGUUUGGUUUGUCCAGAUGAGAUGCCUUUUGUCUACGACCUUCACCUCUUCCUCGGAAGGCCUGUUCAGUUCGCCACACAUGAACACACACAAGAUUCAGAGGGUGUGUUUGGUCGGGUACCUCAGAGUAUCCUGGAUGACGAAAGUUCUCAUCUGACGACGAUUCACGAGAACUCCCUGGACCUGCAAAAUAUGCACCAUGUCUCCGAGAACGCCUACAAGCAGUAUCUUAAGUCUCGACCAAACCCCUCACCUGAGUCCUUCAGACGGGUCAAAAACACAGAUCUGUCCAGCAUGUCUGUCCAUCCAUUACUAGUGUCCGGUUUGGGGAAAACGGAACUGGAGCGCCUUCAAAUAGUUGAUGCCAUCAAAGGCUACAAAUCCAAAUCGACUAUCUUUGAAAUCAACUCUAACAGUAAGACACAGGCUGGUGAGGUGAUGCGGACCAAACGCUCUAAGGACACGCGGCUGGUGGACAAAUACAGCAAACAGAGAGACAACCUGGCUGCAGAAAGCCAGCUGCACCAGCCCGUCAAGCCCUCCACCAGCGCCGACGAUGAUUACACACACACCACGGGCGAAGAAGAGGACGAUAUAAAGGGGGUGUUCUCUGUGGUGGUCGGUGGCAAAAGGAGAAGCCUGCAGGAAGACGGGGAAGAAGGGCAAAAGAACAAGAGAAGCAGGCAGUCGGGCAAAGAUGAGGACUAUUACAUCCCCUACAGACCCAAAGACUUCAACUCUGAGAGAGGGUUAAGUCUCGGCGGAGAGGGCACUGCCUUUGACCAGCAGGCCUCCUCGGCUGUCCUGGACCUCAUGGGAGAUGAUGGAGCCAAGUUAAACCAGCACAAGAGCAUAAUGAAAUGGGACCGUAAGAGGAAGCGCUUUGUAAGAGAAGCAGGAAAGGAGGACCAGAAGAAGAAGAUCAGAACAGAUGGUGGACAGGUCAUCAACAACAACAAGAACAGGAAGAACUUUUACGAGGAGUGGAAGAAGAAAUACAAGGUUGAUGACGGAGGAUCUGGCUCAGAUGGAGAAGGAGGAGGAGGAGGAAGAGGAAGAGGAGGAGGAAGAGGAGGCGGAAGAGGCGGAGGAAGAGGAGGGAGCAGGCCAGGAGGAGGUCGUGGCCGGGGUCGUGGCGGUAAUCCUAACUUUCAGAGCCCUGUAGGACCGCAGCAGACACCCGGUGGCCGCAGAGUGCGCUCAGAGCUGAAGACGCCCGAGCAGAUCCUGAAGCAGCGCAAGAAACACCAGAAGCACCAGUUCCUGCAGAGUGGAGGCCUGAAGAAUCUCCGUAACAAGAGCAAACAGUGGGUCGGAGAAGUCAAUAAGUCAGGUUUUGGACGGGGUGGUCAAAAGAAAGGUAAGAUGAGGAAGAGACUCUGAGGAGGACCCAGAGGGACAACUGUCACGGAGGGAUGAUGGCGUGAGAUAGUUGAGAUGGAGGGCGUCAUGAGAGACUGGAUGAUGAAUACUAUUAUCUUUCCAAACCACCUUAAAUAAUUUCACGACGUCUUUCAUGAUUGUGGAUUAAAGGAAAAGAUGAGUUGAGGAAAGCAUUUCUAGACUGUAGAGAUGAACUACUGAAGUCUAGAUUUGGCAGAGUAUGUAUAAAAAUGAUCCAAUGAACUGAGUUUACUCUUAUGUGUGUUGGCAGAUUGUUUUUGAGUACUGAGAUAUUUCUAUACACGUUAUUAACUGACAUCAAAAUACAGAUGUGAAUAAGACAAUAUUCUGCUGGGGCGUCUUCAUUUGUAGUCAAUUGCAUGUUGAUAGAAGAAAAAAAAACCUGGUGUGUUUAUGACGUGACUUUCCAAAAUAUAUACAUUUUCAGUCUUAAAGCUGUGUUUCUCAUACUGUAAUCUGCUAAAUGCCAGCCAAAAAGGCUCUACGCUGUGCCAAAGGGAUGAAGAGGGACUGAAGUGUCCCUGAUCUGCUCCAGGAAACACUGGUUCUGGUCCGUUACUUUUAAAAAGCAGGAGUCUUGUGUCUGGAAGAAAAUCUUUAAGAUGUGAGAAACCUAUGGAUGAUAACGCUCCAUUAAACAGCGUUAUAAUAUCA